GCCUUCAACCUGUCCAAAUAAAACCUUUUGACCUUCUAAAAGGUUUGAGACUUAAUCUAUAGCUUUCCCUAAUAUUUUGCCAGCCACCCUGAGUGAAUCUCCACGAGGCUGCACAUUGGCUUGGAGGACAGGCCUCUCCUCUGGGACUGUGAGGCCCAGAGUGUCCACCUGGAGCUCCACCUCUGACCUCACAAGGGCUGCUUCAGAACUCGGUCUCCACGGCACCGCUGGCAGGAAGAGGGAUGCUAUUUUGGGCAGUGCAUCUGGACUUGGCUCAAGCAGCACCAGCCAAACCCCUGCCUUACUGACCUCUCCCCUGGAGGAGCAGGAGCAGCGCUCGGGGCCACCCUGGAAGGGCUGAGAGGCGGGCUCUGGACUGGGGACACAGGAACAGCCAAGCCCCAGCUGAGGGUGGAAGCUGAGCCAGGGACGGUCAUGGAGGAACAAGAUCAGACGUACUUUAACUGAGAAGCCCCCAAGGCAGAGGCUGAGAAUCAGAAGAUAUUUCAGCAGACGUCUACAAAUCUGCAAGACAAAACAUGAUUCAGGCAUCCAAGCACAGGCGGUCCACCCGCAGCUCCAAAAUGGUCUCCUGGUCCUGGAAAACAAGGACACAGCAAAUACUGCAGAAGAAGUUGGUGCGAGAGUUCCUGGCCGAGUUCAUGAGCACGUAUGUCAUGAUGGUGUUUGGCCUUGGUUCCGUGGCCCAUAUGGUUCUAAGUAAAAAACAUGGGAGCUACCUUGCUGUCAACUUGGCUUUUGGCUUCGGUGUCGCCAUGGGAGUGCAUGUGGCAGGCAACAUCUCUGGGGCCCACAUGAAUGCAGCUGUGACCUUCGCUAACUGCGCGCUGGGCCGCCUGCCCUGGAGGAAGUUUCCGGUCUACGUGCUGGGUCAGUUCCUCGGCUCCUUCCUGGCGGCUGCCACCAUCUACACCCUCUUCUACACGGCCAUUCUCCACUUUUCGGGUGGACAGCUGAUGGUGACCGGUCCCGUAGCGACGGCUGGCAUUUUUGCCACCUACCUUCCUGAUUACAUGACAUUGUGGCGGGGCUUCCUGAAUGAGGUGUGGCUGACAGGGAUGCUCCAGCUGUGUCUCUUCGCCAUCACGGACAAGGAGAACAACCCAGCACUGCCGGGCACACAGGCGCUGGUGAUAGGCAUACUCGUGGUCACCAUCGGGAUGUCCCUUGGCAUGAACACAGGAUAUGCUAUCAACCCAUCCCGGGACCUGCCCCCCCGUAUCUUCACCUUCAUUGCUGGCUGGGGCAAACAGGUCUUCAGCGAUGGGGAGAACUGGUGGUGGGUGCCAGUGGUGGCGCCACUUCUGGGUGCCUAUCUAGGUGGCAUCAUCUAUGUGGUCUUCAUUGGCUCCACCAUCCCACGGGAGCCCCCAAAAUUGGAAGACUCUGUGGCAUAUGAAGAUAACAGGAUAACCGUAUCGUCCAAGAUGGAACCUCACACAUCCAUGGCCUCUCGCCUCACCCCCGUCUCCAUGAGCCCUGACAACAGACCUUCAGUCCGCCUGGCCCCCACCUUACAGGAAUCCAUGGCCCAAGAACAGUUCUAAGUAGAGAUUCUUUGUGAUCCCACCCCCACCCCAAUAAAGCAAGCCUUAUCCCACA